AUGAUUGAUGACAUUAUUUUUUCACCCGUUACAGUUGUUGAACACUCGAGACCCCGUGUGUGCUCGCUGCCUGAGAAGCCGUACAACCCUCGGGUCUCUGAUGACCUCUACAGACUUCGAACGUUCUCUAUUACCAAUAAGGGUGGGGUGGUAAAUUGCGGUGACUCUAUAUGCAAUCGACGUAGCCGUUCCAACACCUCAGUCAAUUCCACUAACAGCAGGGCUUCAGAUAGGUCUCCAUUCGAUGGUUCAUGUUGUUCUGGAUACAGGCCCGUGGACUCCAGCAGCCUCACCACACCCGAUGAAGACGACUUGGAUCCCAUACCAAAAUAUCGAGUGGUGCUGUUAGGAGACGCAGGAGUUGGCAAAACGGCACUGGUCUCCCAGUUCAUGACGUCGGAGUAUAUGAACACGUAUGAUGCUAGUCUGGACGACGAGUUCGGUGAAAAAUCCGUGUCCGUACUACUUGAUGGAGAGGAGUCCGAGCUCAUAUUCAUCGAUCAUCCGAGUACAGAAAUGUCUGUGGAGAACUGCCUUUCAACCUACGAGCCGCAUGCCUGCGUCGUGGUCUACUCGGUUGUCGCCAAAAGCUCAUUCACCAGGGCAGCAGAACUGCUGGCGUACCUCGCAAGAGAACAAUUCACUUGUGAUAGAACUGUUGUCUUGGUUGGAAAUAAGGCGGAUCUGGCAAGGGCACGACAGGUUACUACUAAUGAAGGAAAAGCUUUAGCCACAUCGCGUGAUUCCAAGUUUAUUGAAACAUCCUCUGGAAUUCAACACAACGUGGAUGAGCUUUUGGUUGGGAUUCUAAAACAGAUACGUUUGAAAGAGAGCAGAGAGAAGAAACAAGCAAAGAAGAUCGGUAAACAGGACGCAAAACCUUCAAAGUUGGCCAGCUCCCGUACCCACAUAUCUCUCAGCAUCGCCCGGGAGCUCCUUCAUAAAAUCUGUAUCAACGAUAUCUCAAAAUCAAAAUCCUGUGAAAAUCUUCAUGUACUGUAA